UCGGCGCCUCGUUUAACCCGCUUUCGUGCCUUAAUCCGGGCACCGGCCUUCAAACAAUCCCCGCUAAGCUAAAGAAAAACGAAUGCAGCUGUCAGGAGGUUCCGGGAAAAUUGCCAGCCAUCUUCCCGCCUCAGCCUUCCGAUAGUUCCAUCGGAGCAGCUGGCUGUGGGUGAUGGGUGUGCAAGUCGCACCUCUGAAGGGGAAGCGCUCCUUGGGUGCGAGUGGGACCAAACAGGCGUACAAACGGCCAUCUCCAGGCCUCUGUAUUAAAGCAUAAUGAGCGGAAUACUCCCGCUCCCUCAGGAGGCCGACCGUUGGAUUCUAACGGCCGCUCGCGCUCGCAGCAAGCCACCGCCAAAAGCCUCGCGUGGGGGCCUCGCGCGCAGGCGCGGGCUGGCGGCUGCGCAGUGAGCCGCCGCCCGCCCCGCCCUCCGUCUUCAGCGAUCGGCAGAGCAGAGGAGGCGGAGCUAUUACGUCGCCCCGACUGUGCAUACAUAGGUUGCAAAAUGAGUGUCCCUGACUAUAUGCAGUGUGCGGAGGAUCAUCAAACGUUACUAGUUGUGGUCCAGCCAGACGGGAUUGUUCCUGAAGAGAGCUUUUUUAAGAUCUACAAACGAAUCUCAGCAGUGAGUCAGAUCAAUGUCCGUGACUCUCAGCGAGUUCUUUAUAUCCGCUACAGACAUCAUUACCCACCAGAAAACAAUGAAUGGGGAGAUUUUCAGACGCAUCGCAAAGUUGUAGGUUUAAUAACCAUCACAGACUGCUCCUCUGGAAAAGACUGGCCUCAAACCUUUGAAAAAUUCCACCUUCAAAAGGAAAUCUAUGGCUCAACCCUUUAUGAUUCCCGGCUGUUUGUCUUUGGACUUCAGGGAGAAAUUGCAGAGCAAACUCGUACAGAUGUGGCAUUUUAUCCUAGUUAUGAUGAAUGUGAAAAUGUGGAAAAGAGAAUAGAAGACUUCAUUGAAUCUCUCUUCAUUGUACUGGAGUCCAAACGUCUUGACAGAGCUAUUGACAAAUCUGGAGAUAAGAUCCCACUUCUGUGUGUUCCUUUUGAAAAAAAAGAUUUUGUUGGCCUGGAUACAGACAGUAGACAUUAUAAGAAGCGUUGUCAGGGUCGUAUGCGGAAACAUGUUGGUGACCUUUGUCUACAAGCAGGGAUGUUGCAAGAUUCCCUGGUACACUAUCAUAUGGCUGUGGAACUUCUCCGUUCUGUAAAUGACUUUUUGUGGCUUGGAGCUGCUCUUGAAGGAUUAUGUUCAGCCUCUGUCAUCUAUCACUAUCCUGGAGGUACUGGAGGUAAAGUUGGGUCUCGCAGGGCACAAGGAGGUUCGCUUUCUGCAGAGGCAGGUAACCGGCACAGACCUGGAGCACAAGAAGUUCUUAUUGAUCCAGGGGCCCUCACGUCAAACGGCAUCAAUGCAGAUACAAGUACUGAAAUAGGACGAGCUAAGAAUUGUCUGAGCCCUGAAGACAUCAUUGAGAAGUACAAAGAGGCUAUUUCCUACUAUAGCAAGUAUAAGAAUGCUGGUGUUAUUGAGCUGGAAGCUUGCGUGAAGGCGGUGAGAGUGCUUGCAAUACAGAAAAGAAGCAUGGAAGCUUCUGAAUUCCUUCAAAAUGCUGUUUAUAUUAACCUUCGUCAGCUUUCUGAAGAAGAAAAAAUUCAGCGCUACAGUAUUCUUUCCGAGCUUUACGAGCGAAUUGGAUUUCAUCGGAAGUCUGCUUUUUUCAAACGAGUAGCAGCAAUGCAGUGUGUGGCACCAAGCAUAGUAGAACCUGGUUGGAGAGCCUGUUAUAAGCUGCUUCUGGAAACACUUCCUGGUUAUAGUCUGUCUUUGGAUCCCAAAGAUUUCAGCAAAGGAACUCAUCGUGGUUGGGCUGCUGUGCAGAUGCGUUUACUUCACGAGUUAGUGUAUGCCUCCAGGAGAAUGGGAAACCCAGCACUUUCAGUCCGACACUUAUCUUUUCUUUUACAAACCAUGCUGGAUUUUCUUUCUGAUCAAGAAAAGAAAGAUGUAACACAAAGUCUAGAAAACUAUACAUCAAAAUGCCCAGGAACAAUGGAAUUCAUUACACUUCCAGAUGGCUUAAAGCUCCCCCCUGUUCCAUUCACCAAACUUCCUAUUGUAAGAUCUGUCAAGCUCUUAAACCUCCCUGUUAGCCUUCGGCCACAGAAAAUGAAAAGCUUGUUGGGUCAGAACAUGUCAACGAAGAGUCCCUUUAUAUAUUCUCCAAUAAUCGCUCACAAUCAUGGAGAGGAGCAAAGUAAAAAAAUAGAUUUUCAGUGGGUUCAGGGAGAUGUUUGUGAAGUUCAGCUGAUGGUGUAUAAUCCAAUGCCUUUUGAACUUCGUGUAGAAAAUAUGGGGCUGCUGACGAGUGGAGUUGAGUUUGAAUCUCUCCCCGCCGCUCUCUCUUUACCUGCAGAGUCUGGUCUCUAUCCUGUGACCCUUGUUGGUGUUCCUCAGUCUCCAGGCCAGAUCAACAUCAACGGCUAUCAUACCUCAGUUUUUGGAGUCUUCAGUGAUUGCCUUUUGGAUAAACUACUAGGAAUAAAGACCAGUGGUUGUACAGUGGAAGUUGUUCCCUCUUUACCUAGGUUGCAGAUUAGUACUUCGUUACCAAGGUCUGCUCGUACACUUCAGCCUUCUUCAGGUGAUGAAAUUACUACCAGCGUGUCUGUCCAGCUGUACAAUGGAGAGACUCAGCCACUCAUCAUUAAACUUGAAAAUAUUGGAACAGAACCUUUGGAGAAGCUGGAGGUUACAUCAAAAAUGGUCAAUGUAAAAGGAAAACUGUUUGGUGACUUCUUGAGUUGGAAUCUAGAAGAUACACUUUCCCAGUUUCCUUUAAAGCCAGGAAGUAUUGCUGUAUUUACUGUGUACAUUAAAGUCAAGCUUGAUUUCUCCUGUCAGGAAAACCUUCUGCAAGAUCUGAAUGAUGAUGGAAUUAGCGUGAGCGGUCUUCCGCUUUCCAGUCCAUUUCGACAAGUGAUAAAGCCACGUAUAGAAAAUAAGCCCAUAAAUCCACAGGAGGCCACUAAAGUUGGUGACUUCAGUCACAUAAAGACAUUGGAAGCCAUCUUGAAUUUCAGAUACUCAGGAGGCCCAGGACAUGCUGACGGAUAUUACAGGAACUUGUCCUUAGGGCUUCAUGUGGAAGUUGAGCCAUCCGUGUUCUUUACACGUGUCAGUACCUUGCCUGCAACAAGUACUCGCCAAUGCCAUUUGCUCCUUGAUGUAUUCAACUCAACAGAACAUGAACUCAUGAUCAGUGCAAAGAACAAUGAAGAUUUAGUGUUGCAUGCUGGAGAAUGCCAGCGCAUGGCUAUACAAGUUGACAAGUUCAACUUUGAAAGUUCCCCAGACUCUCCUGGUGAAAGAGCACAAUAUGCAAACUCAAAGCAGAUGGAGGAAGAGAGAAAGCAAGCAAAAAGUUUGGAGAUCAACAACAAGUUAGACAUUAUCUGGAAAAUUCCCUCUUUGAAGCGUGAAGGGGAAGCAAGCGUAGAAGGGAUUCUUAAUCAGCUUGUCCUGGAGCAACUGCAGUUGGCUCCUCUCCAGUGGGUCCAGAACUGCAGUGUUUCCAGAAGGAUACCCGUGGUGGAAUGAUGGAGGAAAACCAACAAGGAGACCUCUGUCACCUUUGAUGGACUUAUCUUCCACAGACAAUACCCCCUUGACCAAUGAAGAUACUUAUGUUAUAAUAACUACCUUAGUCUUUAUCGUGGCACCAGAUACAUUAUUAUUUAAUCAGCAAUGUGACAUUGUGUUUGGGAACAUUGCUUAAACCAGUUGGCUGGUUCAGAAAAGAUCAGCAUGCCUGGAAGACUCAUUUGCCACAGCCAGCUCAUCUCUAAUUCAUUUUUGUUUGUAGAUUCCCUCUCUGCAUACACUCCGCUGUGUUUCUGUGGAUAUAAAACUGAAAAGUAAUUAAAAUGCCUGUCUCUCAGGUCUCUUAAUUAAAAAAAUAGUGUGUUGCAGCAGUUGAAAGAUGUGCUGAGAACUCCCUGAGGCUUUCUUUUGCUAUAAAAAGAAUCUUCCCUUUUUGCUUUACUCUUCUCUGAAAAAACAAGCCAAUAAUCCACCCUGCUUAUUCAUCCCUGUUUGGAGUUUGCUGAUCCCAUUGCAAGACGGAGCAGUUUAAAAUUAGCAGCCGCACCAGAUCAGCCUAUGGGGUGCGUUGCUUCAUUUAAUAAAAGGAAACUGUCAGCUCAGCAAAAUUCUUUGCUAAAGCCCUCAGCCAGAAUAACUCUCA